AUGGCCGGCUUUCCGUGCGCUGCCGCAUUGCGUCACACAGGUGUUCUCGCCUAUCGGAUCGGAUCGGAUCGGAACUCGUGCCGUCACCUCGAGGCACUGGAAGCUGCUCUACUCUCGAAAACGCAAUCAACUGUUCACUACCGAAUAUUGGUGUCCAUACGACGUUUUCUAUCGUACUGGCUGAGCGGUCUGGAAAAAUUGUUGUGA